UCAGCAGCACCUAACACACAUUGACAAUGCUGUCCUCAAGAUUAUCACGCGCUUUGCCGCGUGCGGCUUCAGCUGCCCAGCGUGCGCCCGCCUUCAGGCCCGCCAUGGCCUCCAAGCUCGUGCGAGGAUACGCCGACGAGAAGGUCCAGGGCUCCGUCAUCGGUAUCGAUUUGGGUACAACCAACUCGGCCGUCGCCGUCAUGGAGGGCAAGACACCGCGCAUCAUUGAGAACUCCGAGGGUACGUGCACCGUCCAUCCCCCCACCAGACGCCUAUGCUAACACCACCCCCAGGUGGCCGCACAACACCAUCCGUCGUUGGCUUCACAAAAGAAGGCGAGCGCCUUGUCGGUAUUGCCGCCAAGCGCCAGGCCGUCGUCAACCCCGAAAACACGCUCUUCGCGACCAAGCGUCUCAUCGGCCGCAAGUUCACCGACAGUGAGGUCCAGAAGGACAUCCAGCAGGUGCCCUACAAGAUCGUCCAGCACACCAACGGCGAUGCCUGGCUCGAGGCCCAGGGCCAGAAGUACUCGCCCUCGCAGGUCGGUGGCUUCGUCCUCGGCAAGAUGAAGGAGACCGCCGAGUCCUUCAUGGGCAAGAGCGUCAAGAACGCCGUCGUCACUGUCCCCGCCUACUUCAACGACUCUCAGCGUCAGGCCACCAAGGACGCCGGUCAAAUCGCCGGUCUGAACGUCCUCCGUGUCGUCAACGAGCCUACUGCCGCCGCCCUCGCCUACGGUCUUGACAAGGCCACCGACAACGUUGUUGCUGUCUACGAUUUGGGAGGUGGUACUUUCGAUAUCUCCAUUCUCGAGAUUCAGAGCGGUGUCUUCGAGGUCAAGUCCACCAACGGUGAUACUCAUCUCGGCGGAGAAGACUUCGACAUCACCCUCGUCCGCCACCUCGUCCAGCAGUUCAAGAAGGAGCAGGGCAUCGACCUAAACAGCGACCGCAUGGCUAUCCAGCGUAUCCGUGAGGCUGCUGAGAAGGCCAAGAUUGAGCUGUCUUCCUCUGCCCAGACCGACAUCAACCUGCCCUUCAUCACUGCCGACGCAUCUGGACCCAAGCACAUCAACACCAAGCUCACCCGCUCCCAGCUCGAGAAGAUGAUGGACCCGCUCAUCAGCAGGACCGUCGACCCCGUCCGCAAGGCUCUCAAGGACGCCAACCUCCAGGCCAAGGACAUCAACGAGGUCAUUCUCGUUGGUGGCAUGACCCGUAUGCCCAAGGUCACCGAGUCCGUCAAGAGCAUCUUUGGCCGUGACCCUGCCAAGUCUGUUAACCCCGACGAGGCCGUCGCUAUUGGUGCUGCUAUCCAGGGUGCUGUUUUGGCUGGUGAGGUUACCGACCUCCUCCUGCUCGAUGUCACUCCUCUGUCCCUUGGUAUCGAGACUCUCGGUGGUGUUUUCACCCGUCUGAUCAACCGCAACACCACUAUCCCCACCAAGAAGUCCCAGGUCUUCUCCACUGCCGCUGACUUCCAGAGCGCUGUCGAGAUCAAGGUUUACCAGGGAGAGCGUGAGCUCGUCCGUGACAACAAGCUUCUAGGCAACUUCCAGCUUGUUGGCAUCCCCCCUGCUCACCGUGGUGUUCCCCAGGUCGAGGUCACCUUCGACAUUGACGCUGACUCCAUUGUCCACGUUCACGCCAAGGACAAGUCCACCAACAAGGACCAGUCUAUCACCAUUGCCUCCGGCUCCGGUCUCUCCGAUUCCGAGAUUGAGAACAUGGUUCGCGAUUCGGAGCAGUACGCUGAGUCCGACAAGGAGCGCAAGAACGCCAUUGAGGCUGCCAACCGCGCUGACAGCGUUGUCAACGACACUGAGAAGGCCCUCAAGGAGUUCGAGGACCGCCUCGACAAGACCGAGGCUGAGAAGAUCAAGGAGAAGAUCUCCGCUAUGCGCGAGUUCAUCUCCCAGAGCCAGGCUGGUGAGGGCAGCGCCACCGCUGCUGAGAUCAAGGAGAAGACCGACGAGCUCCAGAACGCCAGCUUGAGCCUCUUCGACCAGAUGCACAAGGCCCGCAACGAGAGCCAGAACCAGAGCGAGCAGCCCAAGCCUGAGGAGGAGGGUGAGAAGAAGCCAUAGAUGCUUUGAUCUCUGAAUCUUCGUUUCGUUAUUCCUCUUGGUGUUUGUUUUCUUGGUCAAAAAGCAGGCGUCUUGCAUUUGGUCACGAUCAUGGUCUCGGUUGGGAGUCUCUAGACUUGUACAUUUUCUGUCCAUGUGUUUGAUCAUCUUGUACCUAUACCUCUCUUCUACGGCCUUCUCUUCUCUGUUAGCGUUUGUUUUAUUACCCAUGUACGACUUUUCUCAAUGUCGUCAUUAACGAGUCCUCCACGAGGAGGCAGGAGCGCCAUGUCAUGAUUGCUGUCACAGCAUAUGGAGGAGAUGAAUUGUAUGAUAGCGUUGAAAUGUGAGAUAUAAUCAGAUGUUGCUUCACCCCUCUACAACUAUUACCAUUUUUUACUGAGUGCUUCA